GACAGACGGACCUCCUGUGUUUAGGGAAGUGGCAUGAAGAGAGCUGCAAUGUCUCUCUUUUGUUAAUCAGUUCCACCAAUAUCUCACCUAACAACAUUUUUUGAAGUAUGGCUUUUGCCAAGUCUUUAACCACAACGUUAACUCAAGACGACGAACUAAAAGGUGCUAACGUUACGUACACAAAUGUUCCUGUUGUACCUGGCAACUCCGCCACUGUCAGUCUCCCACAUACCAAAUUGGUGUGCGUGGAAUAUCCAGGAGUUGUUAUCAAUGUCGACAAAAUGUUGGAUACAAUUGGGGGUGAAAAGGGAGUUUCAAAGACAUAUUCAGACUCAACUAAACGUCUAGAACUUCGGUAUCGCCCUAAAGACCCAUACUGCCAUCCAGUGUAUGGAAACCGCUAUCCCUCCACCAACCUUCUGCUUCGGAUUCGUCGAAGAGUUCGGAAAGGAAACAGUCAAGACGUGCAAAUCAGCAUGGAAAUUCUGGGUGUGAUUGAGACGACGUACAAGUUUCAAGCAAUGGCAGACAUCCAGUAUCUGGCUGCACACUCAGAAUCAGACAAGUCAUGGACCUCAUUGUACAACAAAGUGAUUCUGCGCCAACCAGAGAAAAAGGAGUUCUUUGACCAGGAUGUGCCUCUCUUUCUCCCCCCACCAAUCUUCUCUCGCCUGGACAGCACCGUGGACUACUAUUACCGCCCAGACACACAGCACAAAGAGGGUUAUGGUCCUCCUCUGGCCUCCAGCGACAACCUAAUUGGCCUGAGUCGGGCGCGGCGGCCACACAAUGCCAUCUUUGUGAAUUUUGAUGACAAGGAAGUGCCCUCCGAACCACUGGAGGCAGCCAAGGUCAACUGGAAGAAAGUCAGCAUCCAUCCCAGUGAGAAAAGGGCAGAAGAAGAGAUUCUAAAGUUGUUUGAGAGAAGGCCCAUUUGGUCCCGCAAUGCGGUCAAGGCCAACAUGGACGUGCAUCCAGAAAAGCUCAAGUUGCUUCUGCCCUACGUGGCAUAUUACAUGUUGACCGGUCCAUGGAGAAGCAUGUGGGUGAGGUUUGGCUAUGACCCGCGGAAGACUCCAGAAGCAAAGAUUUAUCAAGUGCUGGACUUCCGAAUCCGCUGUGGGAUGAGGCAUGGAUAUGGUGUUGGUGAUAUGCCAGUGAAGGCCAAGAGAAGUGCAUACCAUCACAGUCUGUACACCACACUCAACAAAUCAGGUCCCCAGCCGGCCAGCCUGAAAGACAUCACGGAGGAGAGCAGCCCCAGUGCUUCCCGCCUGCCUGCGGAGCCCCGCUACAUGCUCAAGGAGUCUGCAUACAGGUUUCAUGACGGGAUGCUACCACCAUAUAGGCAGAUGUUCUACCAACUCUGUGACCUGGAAGUGGAGCAGUUACAGAAAAUCAUCCAUCAGAACGAUGGACAGGAGGAGGUCUGUGAUGAGCGGGACGGCUGGUGUGUGACCCGCACGCCUGACGAGCUCCGAGACAUCAUGUCCACCAUGAUCAAGAAUACCAUCCGAGCGUCCAAAUCUGCUGGACUACACCAAAAAAAGCAAAAAGGAGGCUCCGAUCCAAGUGGUACCAGCAAAGGAGAUGUAGAUGAGGAUGAAGAGGAUGAAGAGGAGACUGAAGAGUUUCCGCCAUCUGAUGGCAGUGAGAAUGAAAUGGAGACAGAGAUCCUUGACUACAUGUAGACCUAGACCAUUGAAAAAUACUUUGUUGUUUAUGUUUUUUGGUAAGAAAUAAAUUAUGUUUUCUAAAAA